GACGGCAUGGGGAGGGAAGCAAGGCAGCUCGGACCUUAUAGACCAAUAUCACAGACACUGUUUACAAUGGACCGACUGUAGCAAUACCAGGCACAGGCGUGAAAUACCGCAUAGAAUAAUGGGAAAGGCAGACACCGGGAUAGCAGACACACGUCUGAGUAUCAGCAGAGGGGACACAGAUCCCUGGGGGCUGCAUGGGAACGAGAUAGACUUAAGGGAGAUUGCUUCACAGAAUCAGAAAGAGCAACUAUGUUGCAAGUGAGCGGACACAAACCAUAGAUACAGUUUAAAGGGACGUUGAACGGAAACUUGGCUAUUUGAUCCCUGCAUAUAUUUUUUUUUAACUAUAUAUAGAGUACAAUACUUUUAAAAAUAUCCGUAUUUAUAUUUAACUUCUUUCUGAGUUUGUAACAUUUUGCAUUCCCUUGUAGCUGAUCUUGGAGUUAAAUAUAGAUGCUGGUAUUUUUAACCACUUUUAAUAUGCUGUGACCAAAUAUCCCCGUUUUAAGUUUUCUGAUUUGUUUGAUUUUAUAGAGAGUAAGAUAUUUGUUCAUACAUUCUCUUUUUAAUCUCCAGAUAGCUGACAAAUUAUUGGUGAUAUAGUUGCAGGUAUUUGAAAGAAGUUUAUUUAUUUGGUAUUUGAGUAUGAAGAAGCUAGUCAGACAUUAGUGGAAAUAGUGAUGACAAACUUGAAAUAGAGAUUAUCUAGAGAGAGAGAGAGUGCUCUGCGAGAGGGGAGAGACAUACUGCUGUACAUCUGACAUAUGAAGUCUUGUAUAUGGGGAAGAAAUAAAGUAGAGGCAGAUAUCUGAGUCUGGUGAUUUGCAUUACAAUCCUAUAAUUCUUCACUUGGAAAAAAAACAACAAACAAAGUUGUUUAUUUUUUGCUCAUAUAUUUCUCUAACAUUUUGAGAGUUCAUUCACAUUUAAUAAAUCAACUCUAAAGUAUAUUUUGGGAUUUUUAGAGCUGUACAAUACUGAGCCUAGGGCACUGAGAGCAGAGUCAUCUUUAAAGACAACAUAGAGAAAAUGCUUGAGAAAUGAGGCAGGCAUCUGAGAUACAAGGAAUAUAGACAUCUGAAAAAAAAAUGUUUUGAGAAGACUAAGCAAGAUGUGAGACGUUGAAUGGACAAAGGAGCAGCAAUGGCAAAACUACAUGAUGAUAGAAAGUUAGAUGACUAAAGUUAAGACAAAGUUUACAAAAGCAUUUGUGUAGACAGUGGGUGGACUCUCAGCUGCUAUCACGAUGUACUGCCUACAGUGGCUGCUUCCUGUCCUGCUGAUCCCAAAACCAUUGAACCCAGCCCUCUGGUUUAGUCACUCAGUGUUCAUGGGUUUCUACCUACUGAGCUUCCUGCUUGAGAGGAAGCCUUGCACCAUUUGUGCCUUGGUAUUCUUUGGUGCCCUCUUUCUCAUUUGCUACAGCUGCUGGGGUAACUGCUUUCUGUAUCACUGUGGUUCCAGUCAGCUGCCAGAUGCUGCUAAUGACCCAGCGGUGGUGGGCACCUAGAGGAGUUUCAUGGUACAGCCCCAUCCUAUGGAGAUCUGCUUUCUGCCAGUGCAGUAUUUUCCCAUCCCAUGGAGCCGCUUUCUACCAGCAAACAGGCAGAGCUUGCGCAGAUUUGUGUGUCUCAAUGACUGAAUUGACACAGCUUGGACACCAUCUUAAAUUAAGGGCGCAUGGUGAAAAUAACAAUUUUUCAGACUUGUAUUUGAUACCCUGCAUUCAUUGUUGGUGCCCACAAACCCUUUCCUUAGCACUACCCAAACAUCAAUGGGGACAGACAGCAUGGCACUGCCAUCCCUUGGUAUUUAAGGUUUUGGGGGAUUUUAUUCAUCUGUAUUUUGAUGUAUUUUUCUCCUCCAAUCUAGAUUGUUUUGCAAACAUGUUAAAACAUUUAACCUCUUCCACUCCGGAAUCACCAGGGAAUUAGUUACUUGAUAUCAGAUUUCUCCAUCGCCACUUGCAAGUGACAACCAAAUCCCCUUUUUUUUUUUUUUUUUUUUUUUUUUUUUAAGCCAGGUUAUGUGAGGGAAUUACCCAUUACCCUCCUAGAAGGGAAAAUAUUGAAAAAUCCUUUUAAAAUAAUCUGACAAAUUAUUUAGAACAACAUGUUGAUGGAAGUGAUUUUAUGUAACCAGUUUAUUGCAAGAACAAGAUAAUCUAAUAUGUAAAAGAACAGGUUAAUUAAAAUGUCUUCACCUUGCUGAAUUUAGGAGGGCUUGUGGCUCAACUUAUGUGGGAAGGAUAGUCCUGUGUGGGAUGGCAGAUUUGGGUAUUUUGACCUCCUGCCUCCAAAAAUUUUAUCCUUUUUUUUGUGUUGGGAAAAUCUGAAUAAAGCUUGAUUAAUUGUGAUCUAUUUAGAUGAAAAUAAUAUAUAUAUUCCUUAACUGGGUUCUAUACAUGUCAGCAGCUGAGUAUAUGAUUGAGGACUUUAUGCCCAGCUUAGACUAUGAACAAAAAUAUGUGACGUAUUCAUUUGCUAGAUAGUUUUUUUUUUUUUGUUUUUUUUUUUACUUCUGGUAUGUUAGUGUGCUAUUUCAGGCCACCAGCUUUACUUAAAGGGACAUGAAAAUCAAAGUUAAACUUUAAUUAUUCAGAGUGCAAUCUUUAAAACACCAAAAUAAUCAAAUUUACUUAUUUAAUAAAAUCUACCUCUUUCUCUUGGUUUCCUUUAUUGAAACUUAGAUCAUUUCCAUGAGAGCAUACUGAUGUAGGCUCAUAAGCAAUGCAUAUGAGCUGAGAACUAUAUUAUAACAGUGUUACCAACACAUCUGCCAUAUAGCGACUAAGACACAUGCUCCUACAUCAGUUUGCUCUCAUGGCUAAGUUUCAACAAAGUAUCCGGAUAGAAAGAGGUCAAUUUUGUUUUUUAUUUAAAUUGUAUCCUCUAUCUGAAUCUAUUUUAAUAUAAAAUAUCUAGUUAUGAAUAGUAAAACAACUUUGCAAUAUA